AGUUGAGAGGGAUGCGGGACAGCACUGAGAGUGGAAGUGAUUGAGCAGUGCCUUGGACACAGAUCCCACCACCAACAGUCCAUUGGGUUCUGGGAAGUUCUCAAGUAGGAGAGGAAACUCAUCUCAAAGGAAACAAGGACAGCAAAGCCUGAGCACCUUGCUAGAGCUGUAUCUCUUCUCCUCAGAGGGAGGACAGCACAGUGAGAAGAAAGAUGGAGGUGUCCUCUAUGAUUCCCUGCAAGGGAUGCACCCCCUGGCAAGGGCUCCUGUUCACAGCCUCCAUUUUAACCUGCUGGCACCUUUCCACCACUGAUCGUUUAUCUGUGGAAGUUGUCCCACCCUAUGUGGCCAAUGGAGACAGCGUCCUUUUCUUUGUCCGCAAUCUGCCAAAGAAUCUUCUAUCCUUUGCCUGGAUCAAAGGGGCAACAAGCAUGAAUGACGCAAUCAUAGUAUAUAUACCAAACAAUGAUAUAAGUGUGCCAGGGCGUUUUCACAGUGGUAGAGAGACAGUGUAUGGAAAUGGAUCCCUGCUCAUCCAAAAAGUCAACCAGAAUGACACAGGAGUCUAUUCUCUACGAGCUUUUCAUAGACGCACAGAUACUGUGUCACAAAUAGGCACAUACCUCUACGUGAACAACAUUCUUUGGACCUGUGGACGCCUUAAACCCUCUCCCAGGCCCACUGUUGAGUCAGUGCCACCCAGUGUUCCUCACGGGGGGAAUGUUUUUCUACUUGUUCGCAAUCCGCCGGAGAAUAUGGUAGGCUUUAUCUGGUACAAAUGGAUGAAUUCAUUGUCGAGAGUUGAGGUUGGCCGAUAUAUGGUAGAUAAAAAAACUACUCAGCUGGGCCCUGCAUACACUGGCAGAGAGACAUGGUAUAGCGAUGGAACCCUGUUGCUUCGCGGUGUCACUCAGGAAGAGUUGUACCUUAUACAAAUUCAGAGAACAUUUCUGGAAACAGAAGAAAUACUUGUGAAAGUCCAGGUGGAUGCUUCUCUUUCUGUGUUCUGUAAUCCUCUCACUGCCUCGCCACUCAUGAUCCAACCAGUGCCUCGGUAUCCUGCUGAAGGGGAAAGCAUUCUUUUCGAAGUUCAUAAUCUUCCAGAAGAUGUGGAAGCCUUUUACUGGUAUAUGGGCCUGGAUCCUAGAAUUGUACAAUACUACAGAAAUGACAAUUCUGUUUCUUGGUGGCCUACAUACAGAAAAAGAGGAUGGAUGUUGUACAAUAAUGGAUCCCUGUUGCUCCGGGGUGUCACUGUGAAAGAUAAUGGAAAGUACACACUAGGCUUUUCAACAAAAGAUUCUGAAUUUAAAAAAGCAGAGGUGGAACUUCAUGUAAAGAAGUCUGUGACACAGCCCUCUGUACGAAUCACUGACACUGUAAUCGCAGGGCAGAAAUCUGUGACCUUCUCCUGCAUUUCACGUGACAAUGAUAUCUCUAUCCGUUGGAUCUUCAAUAACCAGAAUUUGAAGCUCACAGAGAGUAUGACUCUGUCCCCGACAAAGUGUGGACUCAGAAUAGAUUCUGCCAAAAGAGAGAAUGCUGGAGAGUAUAAGUGUGAGGUUUCCAACCGAUUCAGUUCAAAGACCAGUCCCCCAGUCUUCUGGCCAUGAUGAGUAGUGUCCUGUCCUCUCAUCUUACCAUGGAGUUGGUCAUUUCUUAAUCAACGGGGUACGUAAUGGAGAAAAGUUAUAUGGUGAAACUCAUCAGUGUCUACUUAGGUACAGCCAGCAUGGUGACUCAUGCCUAUAACCUUGGGAUACACCUGUGUACAAAGAUGGCCAAGAAUUAAAGUGAGGUUUACUUAAAAGGAAAAUAAAGACAUCAAUACAGUAAACAAAAAUUCAAAGGUCCUAGGUUGUGCUUCAAGUAUAUAAUGAUCCCUCAGAAUUUCUGAGAACUAAUUUCAGGAUCCCUCAAAGUUUUGGAUGCUCCGAGUCUGCUGUGAAAAUGGUGCAUUUUUUGCUUAGAGAAAAACAUCCUCUCAUAGGCUCAAAUCACUCCCUGUUUAACUAAUUCACCUAGGCCUAAUGCUGCCUGCACACCAGCCAUCUUUGUGAAGUGAGGAAGAGUGACAGGAGAAGGGUCUGCCCUGUUUCAGUCUGGAUAUAGCGGUUUGUAAAAAGCUUUGAUCCACAUUUUGUUUAAUGCACAGAUGUAAAAUCCUUCAUGUAAGGGCAGAUCAUACUGUGUUCAUCCUGGGAGUGGCAUUCACAGUGGGACCUUGCACAUGAGUGUUUUUCCUGAUGAUUUGUGUUUCUUUCCUUUUUUUAUUUUCCUCUCAUAUAUUACACCCUGACCACAG